AUGGCGGACAACAAGCAACACAAGUACCGGCAGGAGAUCCAGCAGAUGAUGUAUGUCUCUGGCGAGACGGGCGAGCCCUCGACCGAGACGACGGCCAUGAUUGAGGAGAUUGUACGACAACAGGUCAUUGAGAUGUUGCGCAACUGCACCGAGCUCGCAGCGCGCCGCGGCGCCCGAUCCAUCACCAUCAACGACCUCAUCUUCCAGAUCCGCGACGAUGCGCCCAAGGUCAGCCGGCUGCGGACCUUUCUUAGUUGGAAGGACGUGCGCAAGAAUGCCCGCGACAGCGACGAAAAGGGCGGCGACGUUGAGCUCGGCGUCGAUGAUGCGGCGGGCCCCGCGGGCGCAGGCAUGCCGGGCGGUGCCGGCCCCGUGGACGAGGCGGCCAAAAAGAACAAAAAGGCAAAAGUCAAGCUUCCCUGGGAGCCCGGCAGCUUCUACAGCCAGGAGCCGCCCGAGCGCGACGACGAGGAGGACGAGGAGGAGGAAGAGCUCAACUUUAUCACGCUGGAGCGGCUGCGCAAGGCCGACGAGCGCACCAAGGCCAUGACGCGCGAGGAGUACGUGACGUGGUCCGAAUACCGCCAAGCGUCCUUUACCUACCGCAAGGGCAAGCGGUUCCGUGAGUGGGCUGGGUUCGGCGUGGUGACGGAUAGCAAGCCUUCAGACGACAUUGUCGACAUUCUGGGCUUUCUCACCUUUGAAAUGGUCCAGACCCUCACCGAGGAAGCCCUGCGCAUCAAGGAGCAGGAGGACCUUUGGAAGGAGCGGACCGGCGGCGACAAUAACAACACCAAAAAGCGAAAGCUCGCCCCCGGUGGCCUCUUUGAUCCCCCGAGUGAGGGCAAGACGCCCGUCGAAAGCCGGCAUAUCCAGGAGGCCUUUCGCCGCCUCCAAACUCGAUCCAAGAAGAGUCGCGCCAUGCUGAAUGGCACGAGGCUGCAACAGCGCACAAAUUUGAGACUCUUCUAA